UGUGAGUAACACAGACAAACAAGUUGCCUGAUAGAACAAUGAAUUUCUCUCAGUUCGCGGUGGCAUUACUCUUUACCGCGGUUUGUGUUUCGAAACCAAACUUGAGUCAUCAGUCGCCAUCCUCCGAUCAAUGGUUGGUGGCUACAAAUCACUUUGGUUAUCCAUUUUUAGUUCUAAAUCGUUCCUAUCAGCAUGACGAAUGCAUUCUGGCAUGCUACGAGCUAAAUACGAAAAACACGAAUACCGAAUAUGAAAUUAUGCUCUUGACACCAGCCAAUGAAUAUUCCACGGACAGAUAUUAUGUGGAGCAGGUCGGCAACAAACUGGUUUACAUGCCAGAUCAAACGUUUGUCUGCGCAUCGCCCCUGCAAGGGGCAAUUGUGUGGUACAGGAACGGCUCAACGAAAUAUUUCGAUGUCUAUGACAUACCCAUACUGUGUCAUCCACAGCUGAAACAGGAACGGCAUGAUUUGGCGGGAUGUAUAUUAAUUCAUAGAUUCGAUUAUAAUAAAAUACCCAUAGCAAUUUAAGUGCAGAGAAGAUGCGAGUAUUUGUCUCAGUUUGUUUUGAUUAAA